AUGUCGAUGAGUACGGACGUGUGCGUUAAAUGCUCCGAUAAUUUUAUUGUUAAUAAUAAAACUAUAGAAUGUAAGAUCUGUAAAUGUAUUGUUCACGCUGCGUGUGUGUAUAUUAAAGAUUCUUGGCUGAAAGGUUUCUCUGAGAAUGCUAACAUAAAGUGGUUGUGCGAUUUGUGCAACGAAAAAUGGUUGUCGUUGACUAAUGAACUGUCGUUAACUAAUGCUAAUAGUGUAUUUCUUCUGAAAAAGAAGGUGGAUGGCCUGUCAGUUGAGAAAACUCUUCUCCAAAAACUGGUAGAUAGCUCAGAAUACACAAUAAAAAUUCAGAAAAGUCUUAUAAAUGAGUAUGAGGAAAAAUUAUCCCAAUUUGGAGGUCAAAUGAAGGUUAGUCCUCCUGAUUUAUCGUUUGAUUUAUCAUCCGGUUCUGGUUUAUUAUCAAAACCUAGUACAAAUCAACAAAUGCAGAUGGAACAGAGAGAGACAAAAAAUCUUUCUCGCUCGCAGCCCAAAAAAACAAACACAAAGAUAGUUUCUGGUAGCUCGAAUGUAUCAACGGCUGUCAAUAAGAACAUUGACAAUGAUUUAGGGAUGUCAAAACUGGCAAAUACCAAACCUCAAAUAAAAAUAAAUAAACAAACUGUUAAUUCAGCAAUUUUACAUGCUCAGCAGAAAUCUUUAAUGCAGGAUAUUGUAACUCUUCCUGUUCCCACGGAUAUCAACAAAUCUAAGGGAAAUAAUGAUGAUUGGUUAACAGUUAAACCCAAAAACAAACGUAACAAUCGUAAAUUUGUUGUGGGUACAAAUGAGCAGUUGUCUAAUAUACAGGCAGUACCCAAAUUUAUAUCUUUACAUGUAUCUCGACUGCAGCCUGGUGCAAAGCCUGAGGACAUGAAGAGUCUAUUAUUGGAUAAAUUUCCAGAAGUUAUCUGCGAAAAACUGCAAUCUAAGCAUCCCCAAAUAUAUUCUUCUAUGAAGGUGUCUAUUCAAAAGAAAGCUAAUGAAAGAAGCACAGAGAAAACUUUUUUAGAGAGAGCAAGCAGUUCUAUCAAUCCAGAGCAGAAAAAGGACUAACAUCGGCUGACUCCUCUGAUGCAGUUUCUCAGUUAUGCAUCACACACCUGAACAUCCAAUGUUU